GUCGCAUAGCACGCGGUGUGCGUGGUUUGUUCGCAUUGUGUUCUCGACUGAAUAAGUUUUCUUGAACUGUCUUCUGAUCUCGAUAGGUUUUUCCUUGAGCUUUCCACUUGAAGACGUCUUGUAACAUAACACCAGUCGGGUAUAAAGUGCUACGCUUUUUACAGUGUCUAGGACUGUAUCAUGAAGAGACUACACCCCACUAUCACAAUGUCGAAGCUUUGUGAAGACCUCAUGGAGACUUCCACCCGGGAAGAAACUACGAAUGCUCCUUUAUCUUUAUCUUUUGAUGAUGAGAGUGAACUUGGGUCUCUUGGAGAUGGUGUUCAUGGAGACAGUGAUGAGACUGUACAAGAUGAAUCUGUACAAGAUGAUCUUGUACUCGAUACCACGCCGCAACAACACCCACAACCCCACUCGAACGUCCUCGCUAAAUGGCGACUUACUACCAUCACCAUAUUCAAAUCCUAUAUCAGAAAAGUAACCACCUUUUCAAGAAACCUCUUGUUCCUGCUAUACAGACUCCUCAUACGACGAACCCCCAACCACACAACAAUAAUAACCCGCACCGGCACCACAACCACCCUUCCAACCACCCUCCUCACCCAAAACUCAAAGUUCUUCUCCACCAUGCUCCAACCCACCAGUCCCUGGCUGGAGCAGCGAUACGGCCUAGUCUUUAUGCCUAGCACCAACAGCGCCGCAUUCCGUCUCUACAGUAUCUGGUUAACGACCCACAAGAUAGAGAUUGAUCAAGCUCUCGGCUGGUUUGCUUCCGUGAGAAAGUUGGUUUAUGUCGCGGAUAAAGAUGUGAUUGAGAGGAAGUGGGUUAAGAUGGGUAAGCUGGAACUGUUGGUCGAGUGUUAUAUUCUGGGGGAUUAUCUACGAGUGCCAUUUGGGUUUUUGGAUUUGGUGAUGAGCCAUAUUAUUGAUUCUCUCGGCGAGGUCCAUUCGUCGAGUGGAGAGAAAAUACCUCUUGGAAAGCUGCAAUGUAUCUGGGAGAAGGCAUAUCCGACGUGGCCACUACGGGAUGUGGUUGUGGAUACCCUGGCGAGCUGUCUGUCGAUGGGAACUAUGAGAGAGGCGUAUGAUCGAGGCAUACUGUCGGAAGAGAUAAUCGACGCUGUCAUCGACCAGCUCGAUUCUCGAAAGAAGGGCGAUACCAUCGAACGACCUCCGUGGAAAAAGUAUUCUUCGAGGUACUUCAUAUAUGCUUGCGGCAUUGGUAUUCCGUGGUGGGAUGCUGUUGGAUACGGGAUGCUGCAUCCAUAUGCCGCAGAAUGGUAGAGCCAGUUUACCUGGUAGCCACGAAUCUGUGAUUUUGGCUUUUGUCUUGGUUGGGCAUACUGCCUCUGCAGCGACUUGGGAAGAGAUUGGCGACAAAUUUUGGGAUAUGGAACGGACUAGUUUUGGCAGUGCAUUCUGGAAUAUGGGUUUUGGGAAUGAUCAGGAUAAACUGAGAUUGGGAAUGGUUUCAGCAUCAUUACAUACAUAAAAUGCAACACUUUUCAGCC